AUGACUCUUAUUCAUAUUGUCUUGAUCAGAUUCAAACCAGAGGCAACACAAGAACAGAGACACGAACUUGUCCACGAGGUCAAGAAGCUCAAAGACCUACCCAGCGUGAAAAAUGGCCGCCUGAUAGUGGGGGGUCCGUCACUAGCAGAUCCAAUUGAGCUGAGCAAGGGGUUCGAAUUCGCUGCCGUAAGCUACCACGAGAACGCAGCAGCGAUAAAGGAUUAUCAGGCGAGCGAAGAAUAUCAGCGUUUUGUAUCUACGUACAUAUAUCCUUUUAGCGAUGACCUUUGCCGCUUCGACUUCGAAGUAAAUCCUGAAGACGAGUAUAUGUGCACAUUUGGUCCUUUCGUGCCUCUCGAGGGCCAAAGAUGA